AUGACCAGUCCCACUCUCGUUGACUGUAACGAUAAUUGGCGGCUCUUACCGUCUCACGUGUUCUACGGGACCGUGGUUGCGCAGGAGAUACAUGGCGACUCAGCCCGACUGGCCGUCGUAGUGCACAACGUUUGGCGAACCAAGGGUCCGGCGGCGGCCUAUCUACCAAUGGAACUUCGUCACGGUCAAAACAAGAUCUCUGCCUGGAUUCCCCUGACAAGACAGCCGGAUGAGAGUCCAGACUGCUUCUGUCCGCGCUUAGAGGUUGAUCACUCCUACCUGUUCAUCUCAAAGGCCUCUGAGGUUAGUCUGUAG